UAUUGAUGACGUAGAGCGAAUUCACGAGGACAUAAGACCGCUUAAGAACGCAUAUUGAGAAACGGCCCAAGUCUACAGUAAACAACAUUUGGUCAACGUGGUCCGAUUCAGCAAGCACGUGGACGACGUGAUUCAGUAACGUAACUUAAUAAAACUCGAACAUACUGUUUUGACACCACGGUCGUUGCUUUAGAUAAAAGCAUUUAUGGGGGACACAACGAAGAAAACGAAGAAAAAAAAGAAGACCAAACACAACAUUAUGAACAAAUGUUGUGUCUGUUCUCAAAAAUAUGAAGAAAAGAAUUUGGACAACCACGCGCAUAGUUACAGUCACCAUAAAGCAAUUGAACAGAUCAUGGGCAGUAAACAGGUGAGCCAUAGAUGUUGGGCGUGUAAUGUGUCUGUGAUUGGACUAGAGCAGUACAAGGAGCAUAUUGCGAAAGAUGAACACAAACAAAAUCUGAUCAAACUCAAGUGCAAAAGACAUCAAAAGCACAACCUUACUGUGGAUUACGAUACUAAGCUUGAUGCUGAGUUUAACACCCUUCGCACCCAAAAAAAAGAAAGGCCUCAGCGAUGUUUUGUCUGUUGUCAUAGCUUUCUUGCACAGGAUUUGGACAAUCAUAUGCAUAGUUUUGUCCAUCAUGAGGCGAUUGAGAAAUUAAAGGGCAGUGAACAGGUGCAUAAGUGCUGGGCCUGUGAUCUCUCUGUGAUGGGUUUAAAGGACUUCAAGAAACAUAUUGGCACUUUCAAUCACAAAUACAAGAUGGCGAUUCUGACAGAGAAGAGAUCAUAUGAUGACAAAAGCACUAUGGACUAUAGCGAUGAGGUUGACGAUGAGCUAAAAGCCCUUUGUGCCCAAAGAGACCAACAAAAAAAUCAAAAGAAAACGGACCGAUUGUUGAAGUGGAUACAGGCCAAAGCAGAAAAGCAGAGAGCAAAGCAGAAAGCACCACAAACAAAGUUAAUUCAGAAUUUCCAGAUGAAGAACAUGAGUCAAAGUUUCCAGGUACCUGCCAAAGGCGGUGAGGAUUUCGCAAGUGUGCAGUUGCCAGCACAAUGCAAUCUCUUCCAUUCUUGGGAAGAGCAAAAGAAAAUCUCAACUUCCAGACCUGACCCAACAACGCUUAAAAGGAGACGAGAGAGCAUAUUUGGUAUGGACAAUUUAAACUGCCCGCUUGUGAAAAGGCCUUGUCCUCCAUCAGAGAUUUCUGCUCAUGUCUCUGGAGAGCCUACGUGUGCUCCUGAACCAGUUCAGAGAGAGAUUUCCACUUUGUUACGCACAAUUCGUAAACCAUUAGACUGUCAAAAUGUUGAUGUUUGUUCAGAAGAAAAUGUAGAAAGCCACACCGAACGUAUGGUGAGACAGACCUGCGAAUCCAACCGUAAAAAAGAGCUAAAAGGGAGAACAAAAUUGAACAAGAAGAAGCACAAGAAACCAGAACGAUCCACAGAACAUGUGAGCAGUCACAACUCUAGGAAAAGCAGAGGGGAGCCGUGCUCACAUGAUGCUUUUUACACAUUGAGAAACAGUCAACAGGACCAGAUAGACACAAACAAGCAGCAGGAGCAAUGCGUGUCCAGAGAACAGAUAAAUGGACAAGAGGCAUCUGUUGCCUCCCCUUCAUCUGUAUCUUCACUGGCUGAAAAGAUUGGAAGAUUCCAUAGACCGACUAUAGCAACCUGCAAUGUCAGUGUUUGCCAGAUAUUAGAUGUUGGUGGAAAUGAUUCAUUUAGGACUGAUACUGACAGAAAAAAAAAAAUUGGAUAUAAUGCAGAAACAUCACAAGAGGACAUUGACUGUCUCCAAAUCAUUCCUUGCAACCCCAGAAAAGAACAGCACAUUUCAAAUACUACUCAUCAGAAUCCUGAGACAACAUGUAGAAAAAAUAAAGUGAAUGAGUUAAUGACGCUGUCUUCAAGAGAAGAGGAGCUCUCCAACUCUUUAAGGAAUGUAGGUGACCAGCUGUUCCAGGCAUAUGCAACCCUGCAGACCGCUUACACGGAGGUUCAGCAUCUUCUAACAACUAAACAAGAGGUAACCUCAGAGAUGUCCUCCCUCAGGGCAAAGCGAAUACAACUCCUACAGGAUAUGAUUGAGUGAUGAUGAGUAAACAUUUCUAUCUUUUUACUGAUCCCAGCUAAUCCAAAACCUCUUGUUGUGACUGUUUUCAUCAUCUAACCUGAUGAUGCAACAAAUAGUCGGCCUGUCUGAAUGAGAAACUGCUGUUUGAUGCAACACAAUCAGAAGUUUUAUGUAGUUAUAAAUAAGAUACUUUUUGUCAGCAUAUUAAUUCAGACUUCGCAGGAGGCUGUAAGACCUCAAAAAACUGCAUUUUCUAUUUAGUGUAAAAAGUUGAAAGAGGCAUUUUUAUAUGUUAUGUACAUUUGUUAUGAACAUGUUGAUUUCUUGUAGUCAUAAAUAGUUUUGUGCUUUAUGUGCUGCAUUUUACUGUUAUGACACAUGUCGGAUACAAAAAACAGGGCAAAACAAUUUGUUCAGUUGAUUUUGUUUUCAUGUUUGCAAACUAGCAAAAAUAAAUACGCAAUGUGA